AUGAGCGAUUCACAACGGGCCCAGAUGGCCAAAGGACUACAUAAUGCCGCUGCCACUUUCAAGGCUUCACACGAUAGUUUUGCUGCUGCCGCGGCUGCAAUGCUCGAAUGUGCCAAGUAUGCUGAACAGUUUGCUGAUUUGGUGGGUGGACACGAGGCUGGGACUGUGAAACGGAAAUCUGGUGCUGUUGAAGAGGUGGGGGAAGCUACGAAUGGCAAGCGCAAAAGGGCAACGAAGAAAAAGGACCCGAACGCCCCAAAGCGACCAGCGUCGUCAUAUCUCCUCUUCCAAAACGAGAUACGCAAGCCGUUGAAGGAAAAGUAUCCAGAGCUGAACAAUACGGAUCUGCUCAAUAUGAUCAAAACGCAAUGGUCGGACAUGUCAGAGGAAAAAAAGGCGGUAUACACUGUUAAGAUGCAGCAGCUUAAAGAAAAGUACCAACAAGAGAAAAACGCGUACGACGCGCGUUCGCCUGAAGAAGUCGCUCGUGCCGAUGCCCAAGUGGCUGCGGCGCUUGCCGAAAAGAAGACUCGGCGUCGAAAAUCCAAAGUUGACAAGGCAGCAGCACCGGUUUCUGCCCCUGUCAUUGAGUCAUCAGAGGAAGAGGAAGAUGAAGACGAAGACGAAGACGAUCAUCCUGUUGCAGCACUGGUAACAGCUACAACAGAUUCGUCAUCAUCAUCCGAGGAGGAGGAGGAAGAAGAAGAAGAAGACGACGACGAAGAGGAAGAGUCCCCUCCGCCACCUCCAGCCAAAAAACCAAAGGUCGAGAAGGUGGAAAAGAUCGUCGAAAAGGACAAGAAAAAGAAGAAAUCAGGCAAAGCAUGA